CUGUGGCUGCUGGUUGCUGGGCGACCCACGCCGACAGGCACUCACUCACUCACACUCAACGCGCUGUGUGGACUCAGCGCCCGGCAGCGCCAUGUAGCCAGCUGCUAGCACCCGCUCUCUCGCCACCACUUUGCAUUUCCUUUGUCUGGUGUGUUUCUUUUUGUGUUAAAUUCCACUUUAAUUUUUUUUGUGUUUGGUGAGUGGAUCGCGAUGGAGGUCGAAAACGAGUCGAUCAGCAGCAGCGGCGGCGGCGGCGGCGGCGGCAGUCCUUCGGGCGGAUCGAGAGAAUAUAAAGUUGUCAUGCUUGGCGCUGGUGGGGUUGGGAAAAGCGCAAUGACAAUGCAAUUCAUCAGCCACCGUUUCCCUGACUACCAUGAUCCAACAAUAGAAGAUGCAUACAAGACCCAAGUACGAAUUGAUGAUAACCCUGCCUACUUGGACAUAUUGGACACUGCUGGCCAGGCAGAAUUCACAGCCAUGAGGGACCAAUACAUGAGAGGUGGAGAAGGUUUUAUAAUUUGUUACUCUAUUACUGACCGCCGAUCAUUCCAGGAAGCUGCCGAGUUCAAGGAGCUCAUCUAUCGUGUUCGGCACACAUAUGAUAUUCCAAUAGUUUUGGUUGGAAACAAAACAGACUUAGAAGAAUAUAGGCAGGUUUCCCACGAGGAGGGCAUGGCCUUGGCAAGAGAAUACAAUUGCCCGUUUUUCGAGACAUCAGCAGCUUUGCGCCUCUACAUAGAUGAUGUCUUUUAUGGCAUGGUACGAGAAAUCCGAAGGAAAGAAGCUUUGCCAUCUACUGAGAAGAAGAUGAAGAGGAAGGGCAGUAUCUGGAGCAAGUUAAAAGGCUCAUUCAAAAAGAAGAAGGAAAACAUAACAUGAUAGAUAUUUAUCCUCUUCACUGAAUGGAUUAGGCAUAGCAGGUUGUAAUCCUAAAUCGGUGCAUUAGGAAUAGCAAAGGAAAUUCUGUUAUUUGAUUUGUUCAGCUACUUUUAGAAGACAGGUGUUUUGUUACCUUGAGAUGCUGCCCAGCUUCUAAAAAAUUAUAUGUUUUACACAUCCAUAUUAUGACAUAAACAAGUUUUAGUUUGACUAGAUUGCAACUAUUUAUAAGUGAUCUUUAUUACAUAGAAUGGGUGAUGUGCUCAGAAGAAUGAAGUUUUAUUCAAUCAAAUGCACUGCAGCUAAAAGUUGAUUUUGUGAUUAUUUUUAUCAAAUAUGACUACUGUAAGUUUUGAAUCUAAAACACAGAUUUAUAAAUGUUUUUGUCCUUUGAAGCCUUUCUUUCUUACUUUUAUCACCAUGAACAGAUGGCUAGGGAACCUAUAUUGUUCUGCAAUGUAAACAUGGUAAAUUCAAAUCUGGUAUUCUGUUUAGUACACUGAUUAUAAACUGGCGGCCUGUGAAUUAUAAAUAGGACAGACAGGCCUUCUGCAUUGGGCUAAACUAAUAAGUUGGUCAGAGAACCAAAGUUUUUGCCACACAAGACAAUUGUUUGGGUCAUUAUGUCCAUACCAACCAGAAAAGAGCUGUUUCGGUUAAUACCAAUUCCCAGCUUUUAGUCUAUUGUCUUAUAUGUUGCAGAUCAUUAUGUGUUCAUCAUGUUACAAUUUAAAUAUGAUCACGUGAAGAGCUGCGUUUCUGUCUCUUUAGGACAGUAAACUCCAGACCCUCCUAUUCGAUGAGUGAUAAAGGUUUUCCGUAACUCCCCUCUAAUCCUUCUACCAACCACCUUAAAUCUAUGGCCUUUAGUUAUUGUCCUCUCUGAUAAGGGAGAUAGAUGGUUUCCCAUUUACCAUUGGCUACAGAUCUCACAAUUUUAUGCACUUCAGUUAUGUCUACUCAAUCCCAGUUUAACCAAUCUCUCCUCAUUAAAUUCCCUAGCCUUGGCAACAUCCUUGGAAGUUUCCUCUGCACCUUCCUUAUUGCUUUGACAUCAUUCUUGUUAAUGACAAUUGAAUGGUCUAUUAAUAUCUGUCAACUAAAUUUAAUAUUGAGUUUUAUUUUUAUUUUCUAGAAAGAUCUCACUUUGAGUGAAACAAAAUCAUACUGUCAUUAACUAUCAAUGAAAUAGCGGUUGUGAGUAAAGAAUAAAUAAUCACAAUAUUUGUAAUGCAUCCAGAAAGACCUCAAUUUUAGUAAUAUUGCAUAUACUCCACAUUUCAGAGGGUGUCAGAUUUAUGUUUUAUCAUAUCCUAACUGUUACAGUUUCCUUAUAUGUUUAUCGUGUCUUGAUAUUGUUAUAAAAUUAAAUAUUCUUCAGUCAUCAAGAUCAACAACUUGGGAAAUCUGCUUCAUACCUGAGCUUGACACAUCUACUGAUGUCUUAAUUAUAUUUUACACUUAUACCCAUUUCAUUCAUGCCUCAAAUCUCAUAUUCACUAACCAGACGAAGAAUUAGUUUUGGCCAGAUCAUUGUAUUAUUGACCUACUGGAUUUCAGUUCAGAUCUUGCAGGUGAGGGUUCAACACUGAAUAUUGCAGCAACUAGAGUCAUGUGAAUCAAUUUGUCACUGCAACAUGUGAUUAUCUGUUUAUUUCCUGUAACAUUUCAUCUGUCACAAUUUCCUGCUUUUGGAUGAUGUAUUUAUUUUGUAUAUUAGAGUAUAUUGUACAACUGUCCCUCUAGAGAAUUCUUUAAAAACAUCGGAGCUGGAAAUAACGUUUGCAUUUGUAUGUAUAGUAUUGAUUAGAAAAAUAAAACUCCUUUGCCUUC